AAAUACACUUCCGGAACCAGGGCCGCUGAAAAGUGGGCGGUAACGUUUCAGCUCUGUGGGCUGUUGUUCUUUACCUUAGAGAAAACGAACGAGAAAAGAUGGCAGGGCGCGGGAAACGAAGAGCAAAAUCUGCAUUACAGGAAGCAGAAACGACCAAUGGGCAGGUGAAAAAAGCCAGGCCGGGGAUGGAGUGGCAGGUCCCGGCGGAGCUACAGCAGGAAGUGGAGAGUUUGUACCAGCUGCCGAUGCCUGAUGACUUCUACCACUUCUGGAACUUCUGCAAGCGUCGCCAUUCACAAAACCCAUGUGAUGCUUUAAGAGAGACGUUGGGCCUGCAGCUGGUUGGUCCAUUUGACAUCAUGGCUGGGAAGCAUCGAUCUGUCAAUAAUCCAAACUACUUCCUGCACUGGAGGCAUUUCUAUGACCCACCAGAGUUUCAGACGGUCCUUAUAGGAAGCAGUGAGACUCAGCAUCACAUGGGCUACUACAGGGACACGCCUGACAGCCUGCCUGUGUUCAUCGGGGAAAACGAAGCGCAGAAGAACUGCUCCAUCACCCAGCUGGGCGACAACCUCUUCGCUGCUGUCCUGCUCUUCCUGCUGAAGAAGAAGAAGGAGGCGGGAGGAAGGCAGGGGGUGGGGCCACUGCAGGCCUUGGAGACUGAGCUCAGGAGUUCUGCUGAAACUUUGGGAUACUCACUGGAGCAGAAGACCAAAGCCAUGAAGCAGCGUGACCGAAAGGUGGUCACUAAAACAUUCCAUGGUGCUGGGAUCGUGGUUCCUGUUGACAGGAAUGAUGUGGGCUAUCGGGAGCUGCCCGAGACUGACGCUGGUCUCAAGAGGAUAUGCAAAGCCAUCGCUGAUGCCAAAAAUGAUGAGGAGAGAAUGAAGGCCUUUGCCCCCAUCCAGGAGAUGAUCACCUUUGUGCAAUUUGCCAACGAUGAGUGUGACUACGGCAUGGGCUACGAGCUUGGCCUCGACCUCUUCUGCUACGGCUCUCAUUAUUUGUAUAAGGUGGUAAAGCAGCUCCUGCCACUGGCCUACAGUCUGCUGAAGAGGGAUAUUUUUGGGCAGAUUCUAGAGGCGCACCUGUCCAACCGCAGUCGGGACCCCCUGGACCAGCUUCGCUCCUGAGGGGCUCCCUAUUUCUCACCCAAACCCAACCCCCCCCACCCCCAACGUUUCUGUGCUUUUCUUUAUGGUUCUGGUUCUGUCUGUUCAUCUGGUACUGACUAGUGCUUGUGGGUCAAGCUGUAAAGGUAAAUGUUAAUAAAAUGUAUAUUUUUAAUA